AUGGCAGCUCGUCUCGUCUUGUUCGCCGCUUCGGCUGCCGUGCUGGUUUCAGCACAAGCUCCAACGCCAGACCCGAGCGCUGGAUGCACCUCCAAGUCGUUCUCGAUUCCCAGUUGGUUCAUCCGUGAUGUCACUUACUCGAUGACAGGAGAUGUGUCAUUCCAGGUUUGGAACCGGGCGAUCAAUUACACGGCGAGCAUGACUUGCCAGACAAACGAGGGAUGGAACGCAUGCUCCGCUAAGGGGGGACCGACAACAAACGGCACGCUUGAGGCAUCCGUUCAACUCUCUGGCGACUCAGCGACUUACCUGGUAAACCAAACUUGGACAUGCAACGACCGAGGCAAGCCUAUGACUUUCACAGCAGUCGGCAACAGCACCGCCCUGCAGAAUUACACGUCUCCCAUCCUCGUCAAAGGCUCUCUGACCUCCCCUGUCGCCAUCACACCGGCCUAUCCGGAAGGCCCGACGGGCCACGACACGCCGGGGUGCACGGCGAGGUCUGAGAAGCCGUCGUGGAUUCUGUCGCACAUUUCAUACACCAAUCGAACCGGGAACGGCAUCUCGGCGCCCUUCGUAAACUUCAACCUCAUCCUCACGAACCCGGCCAACGGCUAUGAGGCGAGCUGCAUGCCGGGGACUUCGUACGACUACAGCGCAGACCCGUCCCAUCUCGUAUGUGCCGGAAACGAGUUCCAGUCGUCCAGGAUCGGCAGGUACGCCGUCUCGACUCAGGGAUCCUACGACCCGGACACGUCGACAUUUAGCAUGCAGCAGACGUGGUUCUGUGACGACACGGAUCCGGCAAAGCCCUUGAACAUCACGGCGAGCGGCAGCAUCGCGCUGCCUUUCAAGUGCACAACUGCCGAGCUGGAAGCAGGCGGAACCGAGACGGUCUGCGUGACAGGGAGCGACAUCACGCUCGAGGGAAAGCUGGGCACGGUGGUGACGUUGCCCCCUUACUCAAUCGAAGAGCCCAUCCCCGCGCGCGACGGCUGCACUCUGUCGUCCAUCUUCAACCCACGGUGGCUUUUCAGCUCCUUCAGGGUCGACGACGCCGACAGCAGCUCGCCGGCCGUCAGUUUCGAGAUCAUCCUGCAAACGGAACGCGGGUUCCAGUACCCGAUCCCCAUCUACCAGGGCGCGGCCCUGGAGUCUGGAUGGUAUGAGUGCGACAUUGGCGCCGACGGAGGCAACGGGCUGCCGUUGUGGCCGUAUCAGUGCAGCUUCAAGUACACGCCGGCCUCCAAGGAGCUCGUGCUCAAGGCCGACUGGGCCUGUCAGGAUGUGGACCCGAAUCACCCGGUGCAAUUCAGCGGCCUAUCAACCACCACCAUCAACACGACCUUGGCGUGCGAGACUAUUGACGGCAAGUCGCAAUGCGCGACCACCGACACGGGCUACUCUUGGGUUGCUCCCAUCUCCGACGUCACCUGGAAGUCAACUUGA